AUGUUUUUAAGCUUCAAACAAUUGGCACCAAUCCGUUUUGCUUUGUAUUCGUUAGUUCAAUUAUUAGGAGCUUUCUUUGGGGCGGCAGUUGCUUAUUUGGUUUAUUGUGACGCCAUCAAUAAAUUCGACGGAGGUACCAGACAAGUAUACGGAACCAAGGCAACUGCCCACAUAUUCGCCUCUUAUUCCUCCCCCCAUUUGGGGGUGUUUAAUGGAUUUAUUGACCAAGUUGUUGCUACGGCUGUUUUUUGUCUUUUAAUUGCCCACAUUACGGACAAGCGAAAUCACUACCCAACUUGGGUUCAACCUUUUUUGGUUGGGACAUCUUUUGUUUUGGUAGGGACGUCUUUUGCUUACAAUGCUGGUUACCCGUGCAAUCCAGCACGUGAUUUUGGACCUCGCCUAUUUACUUUAAUUGUUGGAUAUGGCUGGGAAGUGUUUUCGUACGUUUAA